CGUAGUCGUUCGGUCGGUUGGUCAGUUCUGCCACAAAUAGCGUGCUGAGCGGUCGAAAACGCGCACGAAUUUUUCAACAACUGCUGAGAAAAGAGAAGAAUACUAGAGUGGAGAUUCCGAUUCAUCUUCGAAAGAUAUAUCGCCGCAGCAUACUUUUAACGGAUAAAACAGACAAAGAAAUUCAUUUAGACGCUCGCAUUGGAAUUCUCGAGUGUGUGCACUUUGCUGUUGAGUAAAAUCGUUUAAUUAAAGCCCAAGAAUGAGUGACCUAGAGCAAGUUACACUGCAAAUGGAUAAGCUGCCGCUGUCCGAUGAUACAACGAUGGGCAGAAAUCAAGAAAGCAUAAACAAUCACAGCAGCCAGAACGAUGGACGCAACAAUCGCAUACCCCGAGCAGUACCCGAAACGGAUGAUGAUGACGACGAUCGUCCCUUUGUUAAAGAUGGCAAAGGCAAUCCCGGCGUAGAUGAUGGCCUUCUGGGAAAUGGAGGUGCAGGCGGUGGCGGUGGCGGCGGCGGUGGGGUCACUGUGCUCGUGCCCAAUGGCGGUAACAGAGGACGACGUCCGAGCUACAUGUUUCCUGGUUACAGUGGACCCGAAUUUGUGAACAUCAAUGGCGUGGAGACGCCCAUACCCGAUGUAAAUGCCUACCAGCACAAGAAGACCCUGGCACAGGGCAUGAUGGAUUUGGCACUGCUCUCGGCGAAUGCCAAUCAGCUGCGUUACGUGCUGGAAAUGAACCAGCAGCAUCCAUACUUUUAUCCCAGUCUUGUGUUCAUCUCAGUGAGCAUUUUAUUCCAGAUCGCCGUCGGCGUUGGCCUUAUUUGGAAUGGCAGAUACAACAUAAAGGAUGAGCGAGAUAUUUGCCGUGCAAACAAAAUCAAUAAUUACACAGUCAUCGGAAUAUUCAUUGUUACGGUUGUCAAUGUAUUAAUAUCAGCCUUUGGCAUCGUCGAUCGUGCACCAGUUGCUGUGAACACCACAUAGUUUGGCUCCAGAUCUUUGUAUAAUAUCUAUAAGAGAAGUAGAAUAUAUAAUAGGUUAAGCACCCAAAAAUUAUUAGCUGAAAACUCACCGACACGACGAACAAUCUUUGCUAAAAUACACCAAUCGCCUCAUUUUGAUAUAUAUACUAUAAACAAAAUUGUGAUAAAUAAAUGGAA